ACAGUGCGACGGAUGGCGGUGUGCAAUCCCUUACGGUGGAGUACACAGUACACAGCGCAAGCGAAGGACGUGUGGAACAGUGUUGCAGCGUUAGUUCGAUCGGAUGCUACCAAGUGGACGGGCCAGAAACGGUCACUAGACAUCGGACCAGCUGGACGCAUGAGGAAUCCCAUCGAUAACGGGGGUUCUUCUGGCCGCAGUGAUGAAACGAAAGCAGCGCCGCUACAGAACGACGUUCAACUCACUGCAGCUGCAGGAACUCGAACGGGCCUUUCAGCGGACGCACUAUCCGGACGUGUUCUUUCGCGAGGAGCUCGCGGUCCGUAUCGAUCUCACCGAAGCACGCGUCCAGGUCUGGUUCCAGAACCGCCGCGCCAAGUGGCGCAAGAGCGAAAAAACCACGGUGGGCGGUCCCGGUGAGCCGGACUCGCAACAGGACCAGCAAGACCCACAGCAACUCUCCACGUCGUCAUCGUCGUCCACCGGUACGGUCACACUUUGCCCGCGCGCUGACGGUACGGGUGAGGCUGGGCUGGGUGAUGUUAGCAUACUGGUGGAUGCGGGCGAUGGACCCAGUGGCAGCCGAAUGCUCGACGACGACGAAGACGACGAUGGGUUGGGACUUUCCGACGAGGUACUGCAGGGCAUGGGCAGCACACUAAAAUCUCAGCAUCAUUCCCAGACGGUGGGUGGUUUGGGAGGGUUGGGUAAGAAUGCAGGGCUGAACGAUGCGAUGUCGAGUGAGCCGAUGUCUGGGCACCAUCACCACCACCUACAUCACCACCUGCAACAGCAUCACCAGCAUCAACAUGUAGGGCCGAGUUCUAGGGCGUCACUGUUGGAUGCGGUGGAUGUCGUACUGCCUGGCAGCUCCAACACAGCGGGACUCUCUUUCGACGGGGGUUCGCUGCAUAGUAUGACGCUCGGAUUGCCGGAUGAUCCAACCGGCGCCGGGCCGGUAAGCAGCUCCGCGUACAGUGUGGUGGAUGCGGAGUUGCCACGUCUCACGAUUGGGUCACUCUCAUCGCCCGGUCGUCUAUCGCCCAACCUGUUCCUGAACCUCAACUUCGACCAUCUCAACUCGCUGGACGGUAGUCGGUCCAGUAGUUUGACGUUUGAGUGGAACAGCUUCACCGGUACCAGCACGACCUCCACCUCGACCAAGCUUACUCCCUCGGGUACGUCCUACACCACCUCCGUGAAUAACUCCACCGACGGUCUCGGGACGGUUAGUUCUUCCAAUCAGGACGGUGCUGGUGGUUGUUGCUCUCUGCAUCCAAACGAUGGUUCCAACCAGCAGCAGCAGCAAGCGAUACAUCAUCAUCCACAUCAGCACCAUCAACACCAUCACCAUCAGCAACAGCAGCAUACGGCCUCCGUGUACGACGACGAGAUGAAGUUCCUGCACGUGGACCACUUCGGUGCGAUGGAAAGCUUUAAGCACGAGUCCCUGUUCAACCUCGAUCAAACCCUCCUCAGUGCGUCGGGGCCUCCGUCCACCGAUCAACCACUCACGUUGCUACAGCAACAGUCGCACCAUCAGCAACUACCAUCACACCCACACCAGCAUCAUCACCAUCAACAGCAGGUGCUGUGCGGUUCACAUUCGGCUCAAAAGAAUUCCCUCCAGCAGCAGCAGCAGCAACAUCACCACCAUCACCAUCAUCACCACCAUCACCAUGCGCAUCAUCAUGGACACCACGAUCACCAUCUUGGCGUGCUGGUGGACGAACUGUCCGGGUUCCCAUCGCUCACGGACCAUACCGGCGGUGCUGGUGAUGAUGAGUCUGCAACCGGACAACCAGGACCGAACGCUUGCGUGGACGACCCGCAACGGGCCUCCCCAUCGGAGCUGCUCGAUCUAGAGCGACCGAUCAACAUACACAUCAACGUGGAGGACGGUCUCGAUACACUGCACGCGGAUGACAAGUUCUGACGUUAGUUCUCCGCCUCCACAUCCGCACAUCACAUUUUGGAAGCGUUGGAAGGUGAUUGCUUGUGUGCGUGUGUGACGUUGAGUGGCAGAGUAACCAAGCCCGUCAGUGUGUGUGUGUUUUUUUUGUGUUUUGAAUCUAGUCAGCCAUUUUUAAUCUAGUCUGCUGGAAAUCCGACUCCGAACGCAUCGCUCCUCGUGGAAAGCGACACCAGCCUGGACAAACAUUUCGGACAGUUAGUGACGUGUAUAGCGUACCCAGUGUACUGAUGUGUCGGGUUUUCAUCAAGUUACCAGCAAAACGGCUUUUGUUAUCUAUUUUCUUUGCCCUAGUCACGCUCAUUGUCAUCCUGUAAAACCAUUACGUUAUAGAACGCGGUGGGGUAAAACAAGAAGUAAUAUCUUCUGCCUGUCAUACAA